CGCGGGGGGAACACAUGUCAUGUUCAACUCAGCCUGACUGGCAAACUUAUUGGACUGUAGUUUGCUGUUUUCUGCGGACCGCUUUGUGCUGGUUUGUUAUUUCUCCAAUAAGAGAGACGUAAGGACUGAAUAUGGAAAGGCCUCCACCUCCACCUCCACCUCCUAAAUCCUGUGUAAAACAGCCUCGUAGUAUAAGUCCUCCGCCGCCAGCUCAGCAUGCUGCAAUACCGUAUUCUCCUGGUGUCACCUUACCGGUCCAAGAGACAAGUCCUCCACCACAGACUGAACAUGAUGCACAGGAUGCACCAGCUGCACCACAGCCCCAAGUUCAAAAUGGACCCCCGUCUCCACCUCCUUCAGAGGGACAAGAAGACCGUCUGUCUGAUGGUAAAGAGGAUAAAUCUCCACAGCAGGAAACUGCCCCUGAACAGCAGAUGACCGAGCAGCAAAAAGAUGAAGAAGCCAAUCAGACGGACCAGGCCGGGGAGGACCAUUGACCUGAAGCUACAUUUGCCAGUACUUGAGAAUGUGUACUGUUACAUGGGUGUACUGUUACAAUGUACACUUGAGUGAGCUCAUCGCUUUAUGUUCAGGCCAAAUAAGUUAGAAUAUGUUACUUCAGCUGAAUUUAGAAUUUAGUGCUUUGCUUUUGUCAUGCAAAUUCCAGUCAUAUACCUUAUUGUGCCUUUGAGAAACUCUAAAGCCUAAAAAUAGACAUUUUUUAGUGACAUAACCAAACACAUCUAAAAUGAGCUUAAUGCAAAGAACUCCCCACACUAUAAACUUUAAGGACCUGGUAAAAGCAUUUUGAGUGGAUAUUGUUGCCCUUAUUUAUUACCUAAAGGCAAACGUCACUGGUCAGAUUCCUGUUAAUACGGAGUGCUACUCAGACUGAAAACAGUUCUAUAAACUCCUUCUGCCGUCAGAGACCUUUUACAGCCUGAGUAACAAACUGGGGACAAAAAUACGUCUGUAACUCAGCGUAUCAUUGUUUUCCUGAGGUGAGGUGCACACCUGAACAGCCCUUAUUUUAUCCAUCAGGUCCUAUAAGUAAGCAUAUACUGGCCAAAAUCCAGGGUUAUUUUCCAUCCUUUGUUAACAUUAAUGAGCCCCAAGAACGAGGCUGGAUCCCGUUUGUUGCACCUUUUUUAUGGGAAUUGUAGGCUCAAGCGUUGUUGGAGCUUGAGCCAUACCUGGGACCUAAAGUCAGGAUUUACAUCGACAUGUGGGCCUCCAAUUUUAAACUCUUUAUCUUAAUCUGUUGCCUCAGAGUUCCCCACUUGUAUGGAAUUAUGUGCAAUACUUAACUGUGGGAAUUCCGUUUUAUUCACAGUAUAUUCUCAAACCGUAGGAAUAUUUAUAGCGAUGAACAGUGUAAUUACAUUGCUUUUUAUUUUAUUUAUUUUUAUUAUUUAAUUGUGUUGUUUAUUUAAAUGCACAUUUGGUGCAAAUUUUGUUUCUGUCACUUUCCAAACUGUUUCAUGAUUAAUACUAAAUCCUGCUUUGAUCUCUCACAAAUUCGUCGAUCUAGGAAAGCUUGAAAAUACUUGUUAAUGUUUUAUAAUCCCUAUAUGAAAGAUAUAACACAGUCUACUGCUAUGAUUUCUUAGCUAAAUGCUAAUGUCUGCAUGCUAACAUGCUUAUAGUGACAAUAAUUACACUGUGAAGUAUAAUGUUCACCAUCUCAGUUUAGUGUGCUUUAGUGAACAUCUGCAUAUUAUCAAUCAACAAUUCUACAUGAUGUAAUAGUUUAUAAUAAUGCUGCACUGUUAAAUAAAGUUUAGUGGUAUUUCCUUAUUGUUCCAUUAUGCAGCUAAAAGAGUAGUUUCCUUAUUUGGUCUACAGAAAUAAAGACAUGGCACAACAAGAUGGU